CCUACAUCUGUAAAAGCCUGUGACAAGAGCCAUGACUGAUACUGAUAUGCUAAAUGUAAAUUGCUGAGCCCCUGCCAGGCGCGCGGCCCAACUUGGAGCAAUCGGUCGAAUCGGUAUAAUGCCGGCUCUUCUGGUAAUUGAAUUCUAUCUUCACAGAUUUGUUUUGAGAAAAAGAAACUUCCAAGAUUCCGUUCAUUCUCCCUGGACUAUUUUCAUCUUUGUUUCUGGACAUUUUGCGACAUCUCUCGGUCUAGAUAUGUCAACGGUGGAAGUGACACUGCUCGAAGAGAACCUGGAAAAGGAAGAACUCCUCUACACAUCGUCCCAUGACGACAUGAUCCUGCCCAGCAAUCUUAACUUUGCCACCAGCGCUAUCGUGGGGCCCAUCCUGUGCAUUUUUGGUCUAGUAGGGAACGCCCUGUCGCUGUCUGUCUGGUCCAAGGCCACUAUGCGUUGUUCUACGGCCAUCUACCUCAGUGGACAGGCUGUGGCUGACUUGGGAGUAUUAGUGGCCUUCAUGUUUAGCGACUCGAUCCAAGCGUGGGCACCGGAAGUGAAAUACAGUCUUGCCUACGGCGUAUUCUACAGCUACCUGGCCUACCCCUUCUUGUUUACGAUAGUGGUUCUCAGCAUAUGGAUCACAGUGGGAGUCACUUUAGACCGCUACAUCAUGGUCUGUUGGAUCACCAAAGCAAAGAUAAUCUGCAGUGAGCGGCACACUAAGCUGGUCCUGGUUGUGACGUCACUGUGCGCCACCAUCGUCAACAUCCCCAACUUCCUGUUCUACACUCCAGUCUACAGCGACAGCGAGAUCCACAGCAACGACAGCGUAGGUCGUGGUGAGAGGGUGCCUGGGAUAGAGCCGAGGAUGAGCUACGAGCUAUCCGAGUUCGGGUCCAGCCCAGGGGGCGUGUUCUUCGAGUUCUGGAUCCACUGCAUCAUAGUUCUGCUGGUGCCCUGGAUGGUCGUGCUGGUUCUCAAUCUGCUGAUCAUCAGAAAGAUUGUGAAGACUAACAAGAGAAUGAAAGACAAGAAAACAGCCUCAUCCUCGGAGAAGAGCAGACAAUCCGAGAAUCAAAUCACACGUCUGCUGUUGACAGUUACCUUCUCUUUCCUGUUCUUUAUGGGAUUCCAGUGCAUCAUACAGUGUAUCUACAUGCAAAGACCAGCUGAAGCUCACUGGCCAACUGUGGUGUCCUCCUUUGCAGUUGGCAAGAUAGGAAUCGUCUUUACCAGUUCUUCGAACUUUGUAUUUUAUUGCAUGACGGGAAGAAAAUUCCGGAAAGAGCUCUUCAUUAUGUUCGGAAUAGAAUCAAGAUAUGUACAAUCUUCAAGUACAAGGAGGCUGACAAAGUCUGAUUCAUCUCGCUCUACAAGCACAUCAGGAAUUUAGACUAUAGAUUCUAGAUUUUAAAAAAAUACUUUUAAAAAGAUUUGUAAAUGUAUUAAUAUGAUGCUAAAACAAUACAGACUACAUUUGAUGCGACAGUUGCAAUAAUUACACUAUUUGUA